UUGCUGUUGACCCGUAGUGAAACUCGCGCGGUGUCAGCACUUCUGAUCCCGAUAUAAACCGACGCCUCCCUGCCUCUCGCCCUCUUCCGUCUGCCAAACCGUUUCCCAGAACCAAACAACGACCACUGCCCCCCCUUCCAGAACAGAACAGAACAGAACAGAACAAAAUGACCACCGCUGCUCAGCCCAUUUUCUCAAAGGGAGAGGACUGCAAGGCCUCCUGGCACGACGCUAGCGCCGGAUACAAUGCAGCCGAUACCCACCUGGAGAUCAUGGGCAAACCCGUGAUGGAGCGCUGGGAGACCCCGUACAUGCACUCCCUGGCGGCCGUUGCAGCCUCAAAAGGCGGUCGGGUUCUGGAGAUCGGUUUCGGCAUGGCCAUCGCCGCCACCAAACUUGAGUCUUUCCCCAUCGAGGAGCACUGGAUCAUCGAGUGUAACGACGGUGUCUUCGCCAAACUGGAGAACUGGGCAAAGUCGCAGCCCCAUAAGAUUGUCCCUCUGAAGGGUCUCUGGGAAAACGUUGUUGCCACCCUGCCAGACAACCACUUUGAUGGUAUCCUGUAUGACACAUACCCUCUGUCAGAGGAGACGUGGCACACUCACCAGUUUGACUUCAUCAAGGGUCACGCUCACAGGCUGCUGAAACCCGGCGGUGUCCUCACCUACUGCAACCUGACCUCCUGGGGCGAGCUGCUCAAGACCAAAUACGACAACAUAGAGAAGAUGUUUGAGGAGACCCAGGUGCCUCAUCUGCUCCAAGCUGGCUUCAAGAAGGAGAAGAUUAGCACCACCACCAUGGACAUUGGACCACCCACUGAAUGCAAAUACUAUUCCUUCAAUAAGAUGAUCACUCCCACCAUCCUCAAAGAGUAAAGUCUGAAGAAACUGCUGUAACCUUUUUUUUUUUUUUUUUACUCUAAUGUGCCUUCUCACCUGACCCUCCUGACUUCACUCUGUGUAUUUCAUCAUCUGCCAUCUUUCAAUAAACCCGAGCCCAUCCCAACUCAGUU